AUGAGAUCUCUCAUUCAUCUCGCCUUCCUGGCUAUCCUGUCCCUCCUACGCUCCGCAACCGCGGAGCAUCCUCCGCCCUGGAAUGGCUCCACCACUCUCGUCCCAUACGUUGUCGACCCGCUCCCCCUCGGCUCUGUCCGCCCCCAGGGCUGGCUCGCCGAUCAGCUCGCCCUCAUGGCAGAGGGGUUGCCAGGCCACGAGCACGACUUCUACCGCUACGUUCGCGACAGUGUCUGGGUCGGCGGCACCGACGAAUACAGCGACGCCCACGAAGCCCUACCCUACUGGCUCAACGGUCUCGUACCCCUGGCCGCUUUGACCGACAGUCCCCGCCUCUGGAACCAGGUCCGCAACGUCUCCGAUGCUGUUCUUGAUCGCCAGCAGUCCGACGGCUGGCUGGGCCGACCCCGACCGUGCCCCCGCAUCCGGGACGCUCUGCACCGCUUUGUCGCCUGCACCCACACCAUGCUGGCCGACAACUACCGCGGGUACAUCUCCCCGGGCGACGAUGACCCCCGCGGCUUCAUGGACGUCUGGGGCCGCACUCGCGCGGCUGACCUGAUGCUCUCGCUGCAGUGGCUCGCCACCCACGACCCACGUAACGGCACGGAGACGCGCCGUCUGUUCGACUGCAUGUACUGGCUGCAGCGCGGAUCCCACGAUUGGACCCAGUGGUACACCGACGGCGUAUACCUCGCCGACGACCUCGACACUCUUUCCGCAGAUCAAGUCAACCAGAACGGCCCCUUCGAGCACGGCGUCAACAUCGCCCAGGGGUGGAAGUACGCCGCCGUUGUGCGCCGCUUCACCCAUAACGACGCCCUGGCCGACAGCGCCCGCCGCGCCGUCCGCUGGACCCUGGAAUCCCACGGUACCCCGUCAGGAUCCAUUAUCGCCGACGAGAGCCUCUCCGGCCGCAGCCCCACGCGCGGCACGGAGUUCUGCGCCGUCGUCGAGGCCCUUUUUUCGCUCGCCUACCUGCACCGCGCCCUGGGCACCCCCGGCCUGGCCGACGCCGCCGAGUGCGUGGCCUUCAACGCCCUCCCCGUCAUGGCCCUGCCCGACUGGUGGGCCCACCAGUACGUCGCCCAGACCAAUCAACCCAUCUCCCACGUCCUCGACAAGUCCCCCUUCUCCAACGUCGGCACCGACGGCCAGAUCUACGGCCUCGAGCCGCACUACCCCUGCUGCACCGUCAACCAUCCGCAGGGCUACCCCAAGUAUGUGGCCGGGUCGUGGGGGCGGGUGGGCCGCCGCGGCGUCGCCCACGCCCUGCUGGGCCCCACACACGUCCACACAAAGACCGGAGGCGGUGUUUCCGUUGACAUAGUCUGCGACACAGUCUACCCCUUCUCGCCUGUGCUGACCUACACCGUGCAGGCGGACGGGCCGGCCGACCUUCUCGUGCGCAUCCCGGAGUGGUCGGCACCGCGCGACACCCGGGUGACCAUGGACGGGGGCGCGGCGAAGGAAGCCCAGCCGGAUCCCGCCACCGGUCUGCAUACGAUCCCCGUGGACGCUGGCAAGACACAGGUCGAGGUGCGCCUGGCGCCGACAGUGCGCGUGGAGCAACGUGCCAACGACACGGUGUCGCUCUUCCACGGCGCGCUGCUGUACGCUAUCCCCGUGGGAUUCAACGACACGUCGACGCUGGACCCCUCGUACCCGGAGGGGACCGCGCCGGAGCAGGUGCGCAACCACGCCCUGCAGCCGACGGGGCAGUGGGCGUACGCCGUGGACCCGGACACGGCGCGAUACGAGGGACUGGACGAGGAUGGAGGGAGCCUCCCAGACCCGUUGUGGACGGUGGGGGCUCCCACGGCGAUUAUAGUGACGGGAUGUCGGAUUGACUGGCCCAUGCAGGACGGCUUCGCGUCUAACCCGCCGUUGGGAGAGAGUCGGCGCUGUGUGGAGGAGGCGGGACCGGUGCGGAUGGUGCCGUAUGGGAGUGCCAAGUUGCAUAUGGCGGAGUUGCCAGUGAUGAAGCAGUCGUCUUAG